GUCAUGGAUCCUGAGCCAAGUGGUGCCCACCAGAAGAGUACAGGAAGGGCUGAACAGAGCCCUUGCAGGACACCGGGCACAGGUGACAUCUCUCCCCCCACUGUAAGGUCCACCAUUGCCUACCAACCAAGCCAGCUCCAUCCUCCAGGAAGCCUUGGUGGUGACGUUGUCCCUCCCCCUCAGUGUUUCUCCGCCCCGCUGCAGCUUCCCACAGGGGAGCGGGCUCACCCACUGACCCCAGGGCCCGAGCAGCCAAAACCCCACCCCUGCAGUUAUUCCUUUGAGCAGCCGCAGCCCGGGCCAGCCCAGCUCCGGCAGCAGCCCAUGCCCCCAGUCUUCAUGGCCCCAGUAAAGCCGGAGCUCGGUCUGGAGAGACGCUCUUGGCAGCUGUUUGACCCUCGGGGCCCCGUGGCGUCGGGCUCUUACGUCCACGGUGGGCUUCCGUCGCACGGCGGGCACCUUCUCCCCUCCCAUUGCCCCAAAGAGGACCCUGUCUACAGCCACCAGGUGCCCCUGAAGCAAGACGAGGCACCCAGGAAGGAGAGAAAGCCUCAGAAGCCCGGCAAGUACAUCUGCCAUUUUUGCGGGCGGCCCUGUGCCAAGCCCAGCGUCCUCCAGAAACACAUCCGGUCCCACACGGGCGAGCGCCCUUACCCCUGCCACUCCUGCGGCUUCUCGUUCAAGACGAAGAGCAACUUGUACAAGCAUCGCAAGUCCCACGCUCACAAGCUUAAAGCAGGGCUUGUCCCAGGAACCAAGGGGGAGAUGUUGGCGGGGACCUCCGCCCUGGAGAUGGAGAAACUCAGCGGGGACGAGCCGGAGGAGCACACCGAGGGCGAUGAAAGCACAGACUCAGAGGAUGAGACCGCGGCAAUGUCCACCCACUCGCUCACCGACUUGCCCCCCAAACACAAGCACAUUCCAAGCUCUAGCUCCCUCGGUGCCCAGGAACUGAGCCCCAGGCGAGCAAGCUUCACAGCAACUCAGCAGAACGAGACGCCAUCGCUGGAAGAAGGCUCGCAGGUCUCCGAGUCCUCCCUCGAUCUUUCCUUCAGCCACAAGCCCGAAGACUCUCACACCAUCAAGCAAAAACUGGCACUCCGGCUCAGUGAGAGGAGAAGGGCGCUGGCCGAUGAACAGUCCCAGACCUUCCUGAGUCCUGGGAGCAAAGGGAGCACAGAGUCGGGUUAUUUCUCCCGCUCGGAAAGUGCAGAGUUGCAAAUCAGUCCUCCCCAGGCCAGUGCAAAGUCUUACGCCGAGAUCAUCCUCGGCAAGUAUGGUCGGUACAGUCAGAAAACCUCCAUGAUAGCAGCAAGCGCCACCCAGAGGAUGCAGCCCAUGGCCUUGGAAGAUAAGCCCAGUUCCCUUUCCUUUUCCCUGCCCAAGGCCCAGAUGGAACAGAAUGUUAUUGAACACAUCACCAAGCUCAUUACCAUCAACGAGGCGGUGGUGGAUACCAGUCAAAUUGACAGCGUCAAGCCUCGUAGAACCUCACUGUCCAGACGCGGUAGCAUUGAGUCUCCAAAGCCAAGUACCUCCAGAGAAUCCUUCCAGUUUGACCUGAAGUUAUUGGGCUCCGAUCCCAGUAGACACCCGUUCUCAGCAGCAGCACGCCAUGUCCACAGUGCCACUGAAACAGUGCCUCUGACCAGGAGCAAUUCCAUGCCUUCUGCGGGCAGUGCCUGUUUCCCGCCAAUGUUCAAGGGAAGCUACUCCUUUGACGACAGGAUGGCUGACCCUGGGCAGGUCUUCAGCCAGAGCCACGGGCUCGUCUCCCAGCACCGCAUGCUGAAGAGGCAGAAGGCCAUCGAGUUGCCUUCGGGCAUGGAGUACCAGACGGGGGAAGGCGGCUAUUCAGCCAAAGAGAUGCAGGCACCACCCGGCCGGUCAGGCGAGGAGCAGGAGCCUGCGGAGGGCGAUCCCACCAAAAAGACCAAGAAAGGCUCACGGGUGAAGGGGCUGAUGUACGAGUGUGACAUCUGCGGGGCCCGCUACCGCAAACGGAACAACUACGAAACGCACAAGAAGUAUUACUGCUCGGAACUGCAGGCCCCAAGGUCCCGGCCGUACCUGGCUCACGUUCCUCGAGAAAGCCAACACGGAGCUCUACCUCACGACAUGCAGCCACAGAUGGUGCACUACAAGCUACGUCCAUCGCUAGAGCUCACACCAGCGAGGAAGAGGAGGAAAGAGAAGAGCCUUGGGGAUGACGAGGAGCCACCGGGUGACUACAGCAGCCGAUCAGCCCCCGUCAUGGUGCCCAGCGUGCCAUCCAGUGUCGGCACCGCUCCCCCCGGCUCGGCACCUCUGUCAUCUCAGGCUGCUGGCAGCCCGUCGGGAUUGGCCCACCCUGGAGCCAGGGGUGAGGCCAUGGAAGCAGGCUUGGAGCUGGGCAUCGGAGCUGGGCCCACGUCGACGGAAACCCAGGUCCCGGGUUCAGACAGCAGCACCAAAAGAGCGACCGCGAAAGAGAUCUCAGUGAUCCAGCACACCAAUGCUCUCAGUAGGCCGAGUUCUUUCGAGAAGUCCGAGUCUCUUGAACACCUCAGCAGUGUGAGCUCCCAAGAAAGCCUAUCAGUUGAGUAUCCAUCGCAGUCGGUGGGGGCAGAACCAAGUUGGCACUCUGUCCCUCAACAUCCUCGCCAUCACCAUCACCACCAUCACCAUCCCUUACAAGCCCGUCUGGUCCGUCAACGCAAAAUCCAAGUCCCUGAAAUUCUUGUGACCGAAGAGCCGGAUAAAUCGGAGAGGGACAAGGAGGCGGCCGUGAAAGAGCCAGAGAGAGCCCCCGAGGAGUUCCAGUGGCCCCAGAGAAGUCAAACCCUCUCGCAGUUCCCGACAGAGAAACUGCCGCCCAAAAAGAAGAGGUUGCGCUUGGCCGAGAUGUCGCAGUCUUCGGGAGAAUCGAGCUUUGAGUCCGUCACGCUGGCGAGGAGCCCGAGUCAAGAGAGCAGUAUCUCGUACGGUUCCAGCCACUCGGCUUCGUUUGAAAGGGAAGAGCAUUGCAAGCCAGGGGAAGCCUCCUCAUUAAAGGAAGGGGCCGGGCCGCUGUCGGAGAUCCAUGCCAGGCCCCCGGGCUCUCACAUGCUGACCGUGCCCGCUCAUUACCAUCACCAACGUGAAAUGAGGCGGUCCUCAUCCGAACAAGCCUCCAGUGGGCAACCCCCUUCAGAAACACCUGAAAUCCGUAGCAAGUCCUUCGAUUAUGGGAGCCUGUCCUCCGAAUCAUCCUCUGGCCCAAAACUAACCUCCCCUUUAAAAGAGCGGAGAAGGUGUUUCUUGGUGCGCCAGACCUCAUUGAGUGGGUACGGCGAAUCUGAACAAGAGGCCAAAUCUAGUUCAAAGCAAGAGAAACCCGAACAAGCCCACGUUCCCGGCAAAUCUUCUGCUCACGGGCUCAGUUCUCGUUAUCAUUCUCCCCCUCCCCCGCCACUGCCUCACUCCUGCCAGCCCAGCAUUUCCCAGCUGCCAUCUGAUGCUGCCCAACUGUUUUACACCCAACCACCAACCGAGGCCUUCCAAGUGUUUCAGCAGCCAUUACCACAAGCAGGGCAGCAGCAGAAGCAAUACCAGCGGCAGCAGCUCUCUCCCUUCCCAGCUCCACACCAGCUUCAGCAGCAAGGGCAGAUAUCAUCGCUGCUGCCGUCGCUGGUGAUGCCAGAGAUGCUUUCAACUCCUGUAGCCCCGCCUCACGUCCCCUAUCCUCUGUUUGCAUCACCGCAGCUGCCCGUUCGACAAGCCCAAUUGCAGGCCUCCCAGCAGCUGCUACAGCAGCCUGUCGAGUUGUCUGUUCAUCCUGCGUCACUGCUGCACAGACAGCGACUGGCUCCCUCAUCCACUUCACAAGCUGCCUACCUGCCAUUGCACUCGCAGCUUGCCUUUCAGCUGCAAGCAGAAACCGGAGGUCAUUUCAGGGAGCAGAAACACCCGUCACGUCUGUCUCCCCCGGUCCGCGUUCCUUCUUGCUCACCACCUUUCCCUUCUCAGUCCGAGUACAGUUCAGCCGGCGCCGUCCAGUCUUCAGCCAUCUCCUCUCCAGGCACUGCGUCAUUGUCAGCAUCACAGCCCUCGGUCACUGAAUUUCCUGAGCUCCUGCAGCCUGUGGUGUCGCUUGUAGUGCCCGUCAGGGUCCAGACCCAUAUGCCAACCUAUGGCAGUGCCAUGUACACGACUCUGUCACAAAUGUUGGUGACGCAAUCAGCAGAAAGUCCUUCUGCAGUGGUCAUUUGCAGAGUGGAAGAUUGCAAACCCAAAGGUACCCUUGUGUGUACUGCAGCCAUGCAGGGUCUAGGGCUUGAUUUGUCACAGAUGAUUGCUAGCCACCAUAGAGAUCUGUUCCAAUCGCCAUACUUAAGAAUACCAUUCCCCAUGACAGAAAGAAAGGGUUAUAUACCACUCACAUCACCAACAGAAGGCAUGUGUGGUACAGACAGUUACCAGACCACCAUUGGGGGAAGCAAACGAAUGUUGUCUCCAGCAGGUAGCUUAGAAUUGACCAUGGAGACCCAACAACAGAAACGUGUGAAGGAGGAAGAGAUUGAAGAGGAAACUGAAGAGAGCACUGAACCAGUUAAACAUUUAAGCGUAAUGCAUUCAAGGGCAGAGGACGCUACAAGACGACAGAAACCUCAACUGCCAAGACAACAACUGAGUGAGUCAACGGCCUCAUCGACACAAACCUCCCAAGAGUGGGACUCCAGUGCAAAGCAGACUCUGCCCCUUCCACAGUUCUCCCUUCAGUCACCCGGAACAUCAGAGGUAUACAAACCCUGGCCUGUACACCAAUACGGAAGUAAACCGCUCUUAGGGCCAGUGAAGAAGGAAGAUACUCAGGAGCCUGUCCGCGAGAGAGCCCCAGUCCAUGCGCAAGAGCUCCAGCAACCUCCCACCAGCACUUUACCUGAGCCACCCACCUGUCCCAGCCCUGCAAAGCCAAGCACCUAUCUGACAGAUGUUAGUGACGUCCAACAGGUCCUGCACUUCCCGAGCCUCCAUACGACGACUAACGUCAGUUGGUGCUACCUGAAGUACACCAAGCCAAAUCCCGUGCAGCAAACUGACCGAAGAUCUUCAGUGUAUGCCAGUUGGUGUAUCAGCCUGUACAAUCCCAACCUACCCGGCAUGUCGACCAAGCUAAGCCUUGCACUCCUGAAAUCAAAGCAGAAAACCAGCAAGGAAAUCUACACCAUGGCUGCAGUUCCACGGCGAGAGGCAGGAAAACUGGUCCCAUCGAACACCAGGAAACUCCGAGUUAGCGAGAUCCAUACACCUACCCCACUUCCUGGUGAUGGGAGAAAAGAAGUCUGCAAAUUAGAGAAGGAAGAAGAAAGGAGGGAGAAACAUGAAGAUGAAACCUCAACACCCAAGAGACUGGAACCAACUAGAAUUAAGAUUUUUGAAGGAGGGUAUAAGUCCAAUGAAGAUUAUGUUUAUGUGCGAGGGCGGGGAAGGGGAAAGUAUGUGUGCGAGGAAUGUGGAAUUCGCUGCAAGAAACCCAGCAUGCUGAAGAAACACAUUCGCACACACACAGACCUCCGGCCAUACGUCUGCAACUAUUGUAACUUUGCCUUCAAAACCAAAGGGAACUUGACAAAGCACAUGAAGUCAAAGGCUCACAGUAAGAAGUGCCAGGAGAUGGGAGUCACUGUUGCAUUAAUGGAAGACGUGGAAUCUGAAGAAGGAACCAGUGAAGAAAAGUUGAAGAAAGCAGAAGAAAUCGAAGGCACAGAACCAGGAGAAGAGCAUCAGUUUUCAGAUGUUGAGGAGUCAGAUGAUGAUGAUGACAACGACGAUGAUGAUGAAGAGGAGGAGGAAGAGGAACAGUUUGUGAGGUCUUCGGAGAUUGCAAGCACCAGUCCACAAACAGCUGGGACUGUGUCAACUUCAUACAGAGAGGAAACAACCAUCCCAUCGUUAGAGACCACUUUGAAGCAGGGAUCUAGUUUAACCAGUCAGUAUUCAUCGACGGGUUGCCCCGGGUCACCAUCUCAAGUUCAGCCAAUGAAAUCCUCCAAGCCAGGCAUGGUUCCUGUGUGUCAUGGUGUCUCACAGGCAAAACAUGAAGAAAGUAUUUCAAUACCACCAUUGCCAUCUGCUGAGCAUUUUCUACUGAAGCAAGGCGAUCCUCUGAUGAAAAGGCAGACUGUGCUAAGUCCAGAUAUUCCACCAUCAAGAGAUACGUCACCUAGAAGGCCAUGGUCUCCGAAGAGGGAAUCAUCGCCUCAUAGCCUUUUAUACCCAGGAGGGGACAUUCCAUCUGGGAGACACACAUCACCAGAGAGAGAGGCAUCAGUUCAAGAGCACUUUUCCCCAAGAAAAGAAAUGUCACCUCGGAGACGCUUUUCACCAGGCAGGGAAUUAUCAUCCAGGAGCUGCCCAUCACCAGGGAGAGGUAUGUCACCAAGGAGACGUCUCUCCCCAGGCAGAGAGGUGUCACCUAAGAGAUGUCUAUCACCGAGGAUCGAAGUGUCAUCUGGGAGAGCGUCACCUCGAAAACAUUUGUCACCAGAAAGAGAUGUGUCACCUGGGAGAACUUUGUCACCGGGUAUGAAAAUGCUGCCUUCAAGGUAUCUUUCUCCAGCAAGGGAGAUUUCUCCAAGGAGACAAUUGUCACCUGUGCAGCAAGAAUCAUCUGUAAGACACUUGUCUCCAGCAAAAGAUGAAUUGCCAAGUAAAUGCCUGACAUCAAGUUGGCAGAGUGCCCAAUGCUCCUCUUUUCCUGCAAAGCACAGUGACUCAUCUUCGUUGGGUCUACCUCCAAGGAUAUCUAGCAAAGAGCUGGAACAAUCCGAAUCUAAAUUGAAGAUGUCUAGAAUGGGCUACCACAGUAUACAUGAAGAGCCAAGUACACCAUCCCAUGCCUUGCAUUUUCUUUCUUCAAGAAAUACACAAACUGCACAUGAAGGACAAAGUUACAGUGGGCUGUCUGGGACCGCACAAGAUUAUGUUUUCAGUCACCUUCCUCUGCACUCUCAACAGUUGGUCAGGACACCCUACCCCAUGAUUCCAAUCGGUGGAAUACAGAUGGUUCAGACAAGGCCAGGCUUGGUGCCUUCUCCAAUAGUCUGUCUACAGUCAGGCAUUCCUGUGAAUCCAACUGCACCUGAUCUCUUUAGUGCAACUAGGACAGAGGCCACAAUACAUUUCGAAGAAGGGGUUUUGCUAAGACCCAAAUCUGCUGAAGCAACAAUUUCAAAACAUUUGCCUUUACCACAGCUUUCUGUUCCCACAGCCCCUGUUGUGACAGUACCUUCUCUUUCUAGAAGUAGUAAACCAAGUAUUACUUUACAGAGGACAGAGACUGUUGAGUUAGACAAAGCAACAGCAUACAAACAGGAGGAAUACAGGGUACCAAUUUAUUCUGAACCCAGCACUAUCGCUGCUCUGAGCCACUCGGGGCAAGAUGCUGGCUCAGCCAGACAGGACAGCCCCAGCACCAGCCACGAGCACUCUCCAAAGCCUUCGACGAGUGGAGAAGGAUCUUCAAAGGAUCUGAGCAUGAAGCAGUUUGGGUGUUCAGACACCUAUCAUGAGUCAGCCCGCACUUUAGCCACCACGGAACCUACGCAUCCUUUACAAGGAAGUGGUAGUAGUUCAUCAGACUCUUUGAGUCCUUCCCACUCUUUCCAAACCGGUGCUGGCAGGACUGCUUCAAGUGGACAAUCUUACCCAGUUAGAACGCAAAGUGGAAGCAACCCAGAGUAUAAGGGUGAAGGCUUUGUGCACCUUGAUAUGCAAAAGGACAAUAAGACAGGAAGUUCAUAGCAUCCACAGCCAUGCAGAUUCACCUUUGAAGAAGAUGCAUUGGGUAUUUGUCAACACUAUUUUCCUUCCUCAUACUCAUGAAUGUUGUUAGAACAAAACAUUCACACAUAUAUAUAUAUAGUAAACAUGACCAAAAUCACCAGAAAAUUCCUGUUUAAAAUUGUCCAAGUCCAGUAUUAUUUAAAUGUACACAGUUACUUGUGCCUUUCUCUU